AUGGACUUAGAUAUAACAAUACAACCUAAAGGACUUAAAAAUAGAGGUGAGAACAACUGCUUCCUAAAUGUAAUCCUACAAUCAUUGUGAAACAUAGAGGUUUUGAGAAAUCAACUUAUGUCCCAAACCAGGCAUGUCCACGAAAAAAGCUUCUUUGAAGAAUCAGAAGAUCAGAAUUUAUGCUUACUUCUCAUUCUGCGAGUGAAUAAAGCUAUUAAAACAAUUUUUUUGAGUAAAAAACUACCCUUUGCGGGUGAACAAAAAAUAUUUUUGAAUAUAAAAUUUUUUUAUGAAAAAGAAAUUUCGUAUAAUGAAACCUCUAUCUAAUCUAAUUAAUUUUAAGCACCUCGUAUUAAAAGAUAUAUUGUAACUUAAAUUAAUUUUUGAUUUCCAAUUUUUGCAAAUUUGGAAUUUUUUUUUAAUUUUGGAAAAAAAAAUUACUACAAAAGAUACAUUUAAAUAUUUUUAAAAAAAAAAUAACCCCCUCCGACAGUGAACAAGACUUUUCGUAGUCAUUGAAGGAGGGGAGCUAAAAUGCGAAAUCGAAGUAAAUCCUAUCUAGCACUUAAUGGUUGAAAUCCAAUUCUCUGAAUCAAAGUCUAUCCCUUCCACAACUGUAAGAAGAGCUUUAUCGCAGCUAACCUCUAAAUUUCAAGAUAGAGCAGUAAAGAAAAUGUAGAUGGCAUGCGCAGUUGAAGCCUUUGAAGAGAUCUUAAUGUACAUACAUAGAGAGUCAGUCUCCAACUCAAUCUGUAUUAAUUCUUCAUCAAUUUAUAUAAAAGAUCAACUAAACUCUACAAUUUGCAACCCACCAUGCAUUUCUCAUGCAAAUUUCACAUUGCAAACAAUAGAUGAGUAUUUUUGCUGUGGAAAAGAUAGAACGGCACAUAUUCAAAAUGAGUUUUUUCUGAGAAUUUACGUGUCAGAACUAGAAGCUCAAUAUCAGAUCUUUGCAAAGAUCAAUGAAAAGGUGCUGCCUGACUUAGAUAUCUUGAUUGGUGAAGCAGUCAGAGAAGAUUUGAUGGUUAAUUGCUAUAAUACUUGUGAUGAGUGCUGCCAAAAAGUUGAAAUAAAAAGAAGAUGGAUUACAACUCCACGAGUCUUGGCACUUUAUUUGAUAUGAAACAGUGAUGUAUCAUUCAGUAAAACACUUCUAACGUGCCUGAGACAUGAGCUUCGGACUUCAGUUAUCUUCAGCGCUGAUGCAGACCAAGAAAUUUAUAGAACAUAUACUUUGAAAGGCCUGAUUUGCUACAAAGAAUAUCAUUAUGUUUCUUUUUAUUAUAGCCCAAUUUUCAAUAAAUGGUAUAAAACUGACGAUUCUUCUAUUCAAAAAAUAGAUUCAUGAAGCAAAGUUCUGUCUAAAAUCAACAGAAACGGGUUCCAGCCUAUUAUUUUAUUUUACGAAGCAGCUGCUGAGAACUCAAUCUUCCUUGCAGAUUCAAAUGAAAGUGCCCAAGCUCCCCACGUUGAAGGAGAAGGAAUUAGCAAAGGAUACUUCGAUAGCUGUAGCACAUUUUAA